AUGGUGGCUGAGCUCUCAGCUCUCCAGCAGGUGGUCAAUCUGCUGGCCGGCCUCAAUGGUCUGCCAGCUGUGAUUGUUCAGUGCGCCAUCACAACCAUCUACACCGCCGCCGGAGGAUUCCGCGUAUCCUUCGUCACCGAUAACAUUCAAGGUGCCAUGGUUCUUCUGUUCGUUGUCAUUGGCCUGAUCUCUGUCGGUGUCACUGUAGACAUUGACCGCUCCUUGAUCGCGGAAUCCAACUACCUCGAAGCGAAUCUCCUUGGAUGGCAGCUGCUGUACAUCUUACCUGUGGCAAUCUUGACAAACGACUUUUUCCUGUCUGGUUUCUGGAUGCGAGCAUUCGCCGCAAAGACCGACAAGGAUCUCUGGGUUGGCGUCAGUAUUGCUGCUGUUGUCGUGGUCAUCAUAACAACGGUCAUUGGUGUGGCUGGUCUCCUCGCUGGCUGGUCCGGAGUACUCGGUGUUCCGCCAGUCCCCACGGGAAUUGAGCUCUUCAACCUUUUGGAACAGCUUCCCGCUUGGGUGGUCGGCAUCGUUCUUGUCAUGGUCGUUACCCUYAGCACGUCCGCCUUUGACUCCCUCCAAUCUGCACUCAUUUCCACCGGCUCCAAUGAUCUCUUCCGAAACAAGCUCAACAUCUGGAUCAUCCGCGCGAUCGUUGUGGUUGUGAUUGUGCCGACUGUUGUUGUAGCACUCAAGUCUCCAAGCGUGCUGCAGAUCUACCUCAUCUCAGACUUGAUCAGCGCAUCGAUCAUUCCAUGUUUGGUCAUUGGUUUGAGCUCAAAGGCUUACUUCUGGCGUGGCUUUGAAGUCGUCGCUGGUGGUAUCGGCGGUAUUCUCGCCGUCUUCUUCUUCGGACUCGUAUACUACGACGGCGAUGCCUCUCGGGCCGGAAAUCUCCUGAUCCUAAGCGAAGGCCUCUACGCAAGCGAUUGGUCCGCCUUUGGUGCAUUCGUUGCCGCGCCAGUGGGUGGGCUUCUGUUCUCCAUUGCUGCUUUUGUUGGCAGGAUCAGCGUUCUGUGGAUCACGGCAAAGCUUGGAGGGUAUCCAUUCACUGCGCUUGAUCGCCCAGCGGCACCCGAUGCUGCUUUUGAUUACGCGGAACGCCUCAGCAUGGAUCGUCCUGACUCUUCUUCUGAGAUUCAUGGGGGAGUGCAGAGCAGUGUGGUGAAAGUGCAUGGAAAGUUCUUCUAG